AUGAAGAAAGAGGUCAACCAUACACCUCUACAUGUUGCUUCUUACCCAAUUGGAGUUGAUUCUCGUACUAAACCUAUAAAGUCGUUAUUGCAAAAUGGACACAUAGAUGAAGUUCACAUGGUUGGUAUAUAUGGAGUUGGUGGAAUCGGGAAAACAACUCUGGCCAAAGAUAUCUACAAUCGAUUAUUUAGAGAUGUACACUUCGAUGGUAGUUGCUUCCUUUCUGAUGUUAGAUUGCUAGAAAAAAAGGGUCUAGAAAGGGUACAAGAGAAACUUCUCAAUAUACUGUUCAAAACCGAGGAGUACAAAGUUCGCACUGUUGCUGAAGGAAUCAAUCUAAUCAAAAGAAAACUGGGGUCAAAGAAGUCUUUCUCCACCUCAAGACUAUGUUGGGGUGGCGAAAGACAUAAUCAAAUAUUCAGUGGGCUACCAUUAGCACUUGUGACAUUGGGUUCACAUUUGCGAUGGGAAUCCAUAGAAAACUGGAGACGCAAAUUCAAGAGACUAAAAGAAAUUCCUCGUGAUGAUAUCCAAAAGACUCUCAAGAAAACCAAAAUACUAAAUGCAUGUGGUUUUCAUACUGAAUGUGAAAUUGCAACUUUAGUCCAAAAACAGUUGCUCCAAGGGGUACUUGGGGGUUGUGGUUCCGGAAAUGUACAAGUAAUGAGGUUAGAUGAACCAGGGGAAUUAGAGGGAGUGGAGUUGAGCACCGAUGCAUUUAAGAAAAUGAAGAAACUCAGGGUGCUUAUAAUCAAUGGAUUACGUAUUCAUGGAGAUUUGUGGCAUUUUCCCAAGGAGCUCAAAUGGUUAUCUUGGCAAAGAUGUCAUUUAAAAUAUAUUCCACCAAAUUUUCCAGCUGCGAAUCUUGUAGUUCUUAAUAUGGAAGGGAGUGCUAUCGAAGAAUUUGGUUUGAAUUUCCAGUGUUGCCCAAGGUUGAAGGAGUUGAAUCUCUCUUGGUGCUCGGCCCUCAAAAAAACUCCAAACUUCAACGGUGCAACAAAUCUCGAGACUUUAAAGCUUCAAGGUUUCUCAAGGCUGAAGGAGAUCGUUCAAUCAAUAUGCCAGCUAAAAUCCCUUAAAUUCUUAGACAUUGCUAGAUGCUUUUCUGUACGAACACUGCCAAUUGACAAAACAAGUGAUACAGAUAUAAAACAAUUGCCUACAUCUGCUGAAAUGCUAAGAAAUCUUGAAACUUUAGAAAAUCCAUUCAAUAAAGACUUCUUUAGUGCACAUGCUCUAAUUGUAAAACGUACACUUCAGCAUGGGUUACAAAUUAAUCUCGAAAGCAAUGAGAUUCCAGGUUGGUGCAGCUAUAAAGUAACAGCUCCAUCUGUCUGUUUCACUAUGCCCACAGUACAUAAUAAAGACAAGUAUAAGUUUUUCGGAAUGGUUGUCUGGCUUGUUAAUUGCCACAUUAAGGGUUUAUGCUCUUAUGGACACUUUGUCGUUACUGUAUCCUAUAGAGAGAAUGACGUGAAACAACUGGCUGAAGGAGUGCGGGGGAGCAUAAGCAAUGUUAUAGGAACACAUAUUUUUGUCCAAAUUUACAGUCAUAUAAGGAAGAAUAUCAAAUCGAAGAGGGAUAAGAGGAAACAAGAAGAGAAGGUCAUUGCUGUGGUCAAUCCAAUGAGAAAUGCCAAGAGGAAGCUGAGGAUUGCAGAAAAGCAUAAAGCACACAAGAAGAGGAAAAUGAUGUCAAUGAAGAUGGAUGUAGUAGAAUGUGUACUAUUAUAG